AUGGGCACUCGCGGGCUAGUGAAGCAGGUCUCGGUAUCCGAACAGCCAACGGAGCCGCGGAGUCGGAGUCCCGGGGUCAUUGACUACCGGGUAUCCGGUGAAGAGGAGUUCAGCCGCGCGUCUCUCCUCGUCACCCGCGCACUCGUACCACAUUCAACCCUUCGCCGCGCCCUUCCCGCCGUCCGCCUACCGUCCCUCCUUGCCCCCGAGCGCCACCCAUCCCCUCGUGCCCUCAGGCACAUCCCACUCCACCGCCGCGAAGCCACCGCCGCCGCCGCCGCCGCCUUCCCCGAUGACGACCCACCUGGCGCUAAACCGCCCCCAGCGCCGUCGUGA